AUGACGGAGAAGACGGUGGUGCUGUACCCCUCCCUGGGCGUGGGCCAUCUGAACCCCAUGGCGCAGCUGGCCAAGGCCAUCCUCCGCCACGGCGGCGUCGCCGUCACCAUCGCCGUCGUCGACCCGCCCGAGAAGCACGCCGUGCUUGCUGCUGCGCUGGCCCGCCUGGCUGCGGUCAGUCCCUCCAUCACGGUCCACCUCCUCCCCAUUCCGCCCUGCGCCAGCAGCAAGCAGCAUUCCCACCCCAUGAUGCCCAUCCUGGAUGCGCUCCGCGCCGCGAACCCCGCGCUCCGGGAGUUCCUCGCCUCGCGAGUCCCCGCAGUCGACGCCCUCGUGGUCGACAUGUUCUGCACCGACGCGCUCGACGUCGCCGCGGAGCUCGCAAUCCCCGCGUACUUCUUCUACCCGUCCGCGGACGGCGACCUCGCGAUCUUCCUCCAGAUUCCAGAUGUCUGCGGCGCCGGGCCGUCCUCGCUCAAGGACAUGGGCAAGGCGGCGCUGAACUUCGCCGGCGUACCGGCAGUCCGCGCCCUCGACAUGCCUGACACGAUGCAGGACUGGGAGAGCGACGUGGGCAGCGUACGGCUGCGGCAGCUCGCCCGGAUGCCGGAAGCUGCAGGCAUUCUGGUGAACAGCUUCGAGUGGCUGGAGUCGAGGGCACUGAAAGCGCUGCGUGACGGCCACUGCCUGCCCGGCCGCUCGACGCCGAAGAUCUACUGCGUCGGGCCCCUGCUGAAGGAGACGGCGCGUGGGCUGGAGCGUUCCGGGGACAGGUUCCUGUGGGCCGUGCGAAGCCGAAGCUCACGCGAGGAGCAGAACUCUCGCGAGCCUGAUCUUGAGGCGUUGCUUCCAGAUGGGUUCUUGGAGAGAACCAGAGGCAGAGGAUUGGUUCUGAAGAACUGGGCGCCACAGACACAGGUCCUGCGGCACGAGGCCGUGGGAGCCUUUGUAACUCACUGCGGGUGGAACUCGGUGCUGGAGGCAGUCAUGUCCGGCGUGCCGAUGAUCUGCUGGCCGCUGUACGUGGAGCAGAGGCUGAAUGAGGUGCACGUGGUGGAGGAGAUGAAGAUUGGGGUGGUGAUGGAAGGCUAUGACGAGGAGUUAGUGACGGCGGACGAGGUGGAGGCCAAGGUACGACUAGUGAUGGAGUCGGAGGAAGGGAAGAAGUUCAGAAAGAGGACGGCGAUGGCGAAGGAAAUGGCUGCCAAUGCCAUCAAAGAAGGCGGGUCGUCUCACGUCGAACUUGGUGAGUUUUUGAGGGGUUUAGGAUGCAAGUGA